UGUCCGUAGUAGCAACCAUGGCACUGUUGUUAGGAUUAUUCACAGGACUUUGUUUUACGGUGAUUUGUGUUAUUGUGCGGCUUCUGAUUGUGAUUCGUUGUGGAUCAAAAUGUAAACCGGGAGAGAAAGGUCCCGUCUGCGUGCUUGUCGUUGCUGGAUCAGGGGGACAUACCACUGAGAUCCUGCGCCUGAUGGAGAGUCUCUCCCAGUCCUACAGCCCAAGACACUAUAUCAUCGCAGACACGGACAAGAUGAGUGAAGACAAGAUACGCACCUUUGAAAACGCAAAGAAAGACACUGGUUCAAAAGGCCAGUUUACCAUCCAGAGGAUCCCUCGUAGCCGUGAGGUGCGUCAGUCCUGGAGUUCCUCUGUGGUCACCACUCUGAACGCCCUGCUCUACGCCAUUCCUCUGGUGUUCAGGCUCAGGCCAGACAUGGUGCUGUGUAACGGCCCUGGGACCUGCGUCCCCCUGUGCACGGCAGGACUCCUCCUGGGCCUCCUGGGAUUGAAGAAGGUCCUGAUUGUCUACGUUGAGAGCAUCUGCAGAGUGGAAAGCCUGUCGCUGUCCGGGAAGAUCCUCUAUCACUUCUCAGACUACUUCUUUGUGCAGUGGUCCACCCUGAAAGACAAAUACCCCAAAUCAAUUUACCUAGGAAGGAUAGUCUGACUCUGAAUAGACUAUCUGGAAAAAAGACUUCCUUUGUUCUUACAAAUGGGAACACUUUGCUCAGAUAAAUCAUGUUUAAUAGGUUGCUUGCUUGAUGGACAUUUUUCUACAAACUUCAAUGCAGAUGUUUUGGAACAUCGAGCCUUACAUAUAAUAACAAUGUAAAGAUGUUUUGGACCAGUUGAAUGUGUUAUGAAAUGGUACUUUAAUUUAUGGUGCAGUGUAAAGAAAUACUGAAUGGAAUUCAUACCAAAUAUGUAGCUACGGUAUAUCUGGCUUGAACGCCGACUUCGAGCCAGGCCUAAUCACUCAACAUCAGUGCCAGACCUCACUAAUGCUCGUGGCUGAAUGGAAGCAAGUCCCCGC